AAGCUUAUUGCAGGAUGCAUCGGAGACGGUGGAAGGUGUUCAGUUCAGUUUUAUGACAGAUGAAGAGGUCAGAAAGCACAGUGUGGUCAAAAUCACAAACCCUAUAUUGUUAGAUAGUAUGGACAAGCCUGUGCCUGGUGGUCUUUAUGACCCAUAUAUGGGCCCAUUGGAUGAGCAAUCACCUUGUAAAUCAUGUGGCCAGCGGUACUUUCACUGUCCAGGUCAUUGUGGCCACAUCGAUCUUGUUACACCAGUCUUUAACCCUUUGAUGAUUGACAUGCUUAACAAUAUUCUGCAUAGUACUUGCUUCUUCUGCCUUCAUUUCAGAGAAAAUAAGAAUCAGGUUAACAAAUGUGCUGCUCAAUUGGAACUUAUUGCCAAAGGGGAUAUUGCUGGAGCCAAAAGAUUAAAGUCAUCCUCACUAGACACCGAAAUGCUUCCUGAGGACAGUGAUAUGAGUCAUAUUUCAUCUUCUACAGUUCAUAGUAGUGAAGAAACUUGCUAUUCAGAUAAUGGAAGACAAGGAUGGACAUCUCUUCAAUUCACAGAAGCAAUGUCUAUUUUGUAUACAUUUUUGAAGAUUAAAACGAAGAAGUGCAAGAACUGUGGAAAUAAAAAUCCGAAAAUCACUAGACCCAGUUUUGGAUGGUUUAAAUUGAAAUAUUCGAACAACUCCGAUGUUGAAGGUAAUGUGGUUAGAGGCAACUCUGCGAAAGAGUUAUAUGGUGAAACUGAGGAGAGAUCCUCCUCGGAAGUCUUAGAUGGUGACAGUAGUAUAUCAAAAGGAGCUAUCUCAAAAAACAAACAAAGAAAAGAAGAUAACAUUGUUGAUGAAUUCACUAAGCAAAAGAACUUCUUUUCAGGGCCUCUUUUACCAUAUGAGGCGAGGGAGAUUUUGAAGCGUUUGUGGGAAAACGAGGCUCCUUUAUGUUCUUUUAUCUGCAAUAUUCAGCAUAAUAAACAUCACAAUGAUUCUGCAAAUGUUUCCAGCUAUUCUAUGUUUUUUUUGGAGUCUGUUCUUGUACCCCCUACUAAGUUCCGCCCCCCGGCCAAGGGUGGUGAUUCUGUGAUGGAGCAUCCUCAAACGGUCUUAAUGGAAAAAGUGUUGCAGUCCAAUAUAGGGUUGGCAAAUUCUUAUGCCAACAGUGCUGAUCGAUCAAGGACUAUUGACCGGUUGAGGGAACUUCAACAAUCAAUGAAUGUGCUGUAUGAUAGCAAGACAUCUACAGGUAAGGAUUCUGCUUCUGGCAUUUGCCAAUUACUGGAGAAAAAAGAAGGCAUCUUCCGUCAGAAAAUGAUGGGGAAACGAGUUAAUUAUGCAUGCCGUUCUGUUAUAUCUCCCGAUCCUUAUUUGGCUGUUAAUGAAAUUGGAAUUCCUCCUUACUUUGCGUUAAGGUUGACAUAUCCAGAGAGACUGACUCCUUGGAAUGCCACAAAUCUAAGAAAUGCCAUCAUUAAUGGCCCUGAAAUUCAUCCCGGAGCUACUCAUUAUGUUGAUAAGAUGUCUACUGUGAAGCUUCCCGUAAAUAAGAAAGCGCGUGUUGCUAUUUCGAGGAAACUUCCUUCUUCAAGAGGUGUGGUGUCACUGUUUAGCAAGAGCUCAGAAGGUGAUUAUGAGGGAAAGACGGUUUAUCGCCAUCUAAGGGAUGGGGAUAUUGUGCUUGUCAAUCGGCAGCCCACACUCCACAAGCCAAGUAUAAUGGCACAUGUUGUUCGAGUGUUAAAGGGGGAGAAAACUCUGAGAAUGCAUUAUGCCAAUUGCAGUUCCUAUAAUGCUGAUUUUGAUGGUGAUGAAAUGAAUGUCCAUCUUCCUCAAGACGACAUCUCACGCUCUGAAGCAUAUAACAUUGUAAAUGCUAAUGAGCAAUACAUUGUUCCGACGAGGGGGGAUACUGUUAGGGGGUUAAUUCAGGAUCACAUCGUAAGUGGUGUCAUCCUUACGAUGAAGGACUCAUUUUUAACGCGCGAACAAUUUAACCAUCUCCUAUAUUCCUCUGGAAUUUUCACUGCCUCUAGUGGUUCACUGUACAGUAAUCAAGUGAAGAAGAUAUCCUUGCUAAUUGAAGCAAACCUGCCACCAAUUUUACCUGCAAUUUUGAAACCAAGUCCAUUAUGGACUGGGAAACAGGUCAUUUCUGCUGUUCUAAAUUAUUUGACAAGAGAUUACCCCCCAUUUACUGUUGAAAAAGAGGGUAAGAUUCCAUCUUCUUAUUUUCGUGACGAGCCUACUAAAAAUGUAUUGGACAUGAAAGAAGAGAAGGGUGAACACGUUCUCUUAAUCUGGAAAAACCAACUUGUGCGUGGAGUAAUUGACAAGGCUCAGUUCGGGAAGUAUGGAUUGGUUCACACGGUGCAGGAACUCUACGGGUCAAAUAUUGCAGGCUUGUUAUUGUCAGCAUUUAGCCGCUUGUUUACAGUCUUUUUACAGUUCCACGGGUUUACAUGUGGCCUUGACGACCUAAUGAUAUUGCCUAAAGCUGACGUGGAGCGCAACAAGUGUCUAGAAGAUGGUGAAGCUGGUGAAAUGGUUCACUGUAAAUUCCUGAAUGUCAUUCAGGGUACAAUUGGUUCCUCAAAACUGCAAUUGGAAAUUGAGAAAGCAAUACACAACAAUGGUCAAGCAGCAGUUACUUUACUGGACUUGAGGAUGAAGAAUGAACUGAAUGACACUGUUUCCACCAUCAAUAAGAAAUUGCUUACCAAAGGAGUACUGAAAACCUUUCCUAAGAAUUGCAUUUCUCUUAUGACCAUUAGUGGGGCUAAAGGCAGUACGGUCAAUUUCCAACAAAUAUCUUCUUGCCUGGGUCAGCAAGAGCUUGAAGGGAAAAGGGUACCUAAAAUGGUUUCUGGAAAAACGUUGCCUUGCUUCGCCCCAUGGGAAUUUACAUCUAGAUCUGGAGGAUUUAUUGGCGAUCGAUUUCUCACUGGUCUGCGUCCUCAAGAGUACUAUUUCCACUGCAUGGCUGGUCGUGAAGGGUUGGUUGACACAGCAGUAAAAACUUCUCGUAGUGGAUACUUGCAAAGGUGCCUGGUUAAAAAUAUGGAGAGCCUGAAAGUUUGCUAUGAUUAUACUGUUCGAGAUGCAGACGGUUCUGUUAUACAAUUCACCUAUGGUGGGGAUGGUGUCGAUGUUCACAAAACAGGUUUUAUUACUGAGUUCAAGGCAUUGACACAGAACCAGGAAAUUAUUAGCCAGAAAUAUCGAGAUCAUCUUGAUUUUAAUUCUUACAUCACGGGGUUGCCAGAAAUGCUAGCAAAGAAAGCAAAGAAGUACAUAGAGAAGUUGAAUGAAGUGGAAAAAACGGCUACUAACAAAAAACAGUUGAAACGCUUGUUGAAGCUUGUGAGGCAGAAAUAUAUCUCGAGCCUUGCACACGCUGGGGAACCAGUUGGGGUAAUUGCUGCACAGUCAGUCGGUGAACCGUCAACUCAGAUGACACUAAACACUUUCCAUCACGCCGGUCGAGGUGAGAUGAACGUUACUCUAGGUAUUCCCCGCUUACAGGAGAUCUUGAUGACUGGUUCUAAUGAAAUCAAGACUCCAAUCAUGACAUGCCCGUUUCUUGAAGGGAAACUGAGUUCCCGAGUUAAUGAAAUUGUGAAAGAGGUUAGGAAGAUAACUGUCGCAGAUGUGAUUGAGAGCAUUGAAGUAAGCGUUUUGCCAGUUUUCCAGAAGGACCAGCAUACUUCUGUUUACAAACUCAAGUUAAAAUUCUCCAAAGAUGAAGAGGAUUUGUUGGAAGAAUCUAAGGAUAUUCUAGAAAACAUGUACGUAAGGGAGCUGGAAGAUGCUAUAAAACAUCAUAUGAUUCUUCUCUCCAGACUCAGUGGAAUAAAAAAUGCGGAGAUUGAACUAAGCUCCGAUUUCUCAUCCGAGACAGAUGAAGAUGGUUCCAAGGCCAAAUCAAGUAAGGGGGUAGAAGAUGAUGACGAUGAAGUUGAUGUUGAAGAACAGGCUGAUGAUCUGGGUCUUACAGAGAAAACAAGACGUCAGGCUACAGAUGAAAUGGAUUAUGAUGAUGUAUCUGACGAUGAUCUCAAUAAAACAGAGACAUCGGAAAUGGAUGAAAGAGAAAAGCAAGAUGAGGAUUCCAACGAGGAGAAUGAUACAACGGACGACGAAGAUUCCAAGAUGAAAAAGAAAAACCCUGACCCAACAGAAAGCAACGAGAAGGAAAAAGCAGAAGUUAAAAGACCUAGGACUAAAAAGGAAUCGGAUAAAUCAAUCUUUGUCGCUGCCGAGGGUUUAGACUUCGAAGUUCACUUCAGCUUUACUGACGAACCGCACAUUUUGUUAGCUCAGAUUGCUCAAAAGGCUGCUAAGAAAGUUUGUUUAAGAAAUUCUGGAAAAAUUGAGACAUGCCAUUCGGUUAAAUUCUCACGGGAAGGAAGAGACCAGGUGAUCUGGCCCGAAGUUGAUGAUGUGGCUGUUUCCCAUGAAACAAACGAUUCCGACGAAAACGAUCCGGGUCCAUGGGCGCUUAAGAUGGCAGGGAUCGAUUUCGAAGCCCUAUGGGAAAUGCAAGAGGAUCUAGACGUAAACAGGAUUUAUUCUAAUAACAUCUACUACAUGCUUACAAAUUACGGAGUAGAAGCUGCAAGAGAAACAAUCAUAAGAGAAGUCAACAAUGUCUUCAGCAGCUACGGUGUGGAGAUCGAUCCUCGCCACAUCAGCUUGAUCUCAGACUUUAUGACCUAUACAGGCAGUUACAGGUCUAUGAGCAGACAUGGUGCCAUAUCAGACUCAACAUCGCCUUUCCUAAAGAUGACAUUUGAGACCGCUUCGAAGUUCAUAGUGGAGGCGUCCUCUCACUCAAUGAUUGACGCCAUGGAAACGCCUUCUGCGAGAAUAUGCCUCGGUUUGCCUGUGAAAAUGGGUACAGGCAGUUUCGAUCUUUUGCAGAAAAUGGAUUAUUAGUAGUAGUAGUGGUAAUAUUAAAAAAUUUUGAUUUUGAAAUGUGAAAUGAUGUUUCAUGUAUAAUGAAAGAUGAAUGUUUUAAUUUUUUU